AUGCUGGUGAACCCGCAGACCUACCCCUUCCUGGUCCGUCUGUCAGCUACGGACACCGUACAGAGCCGCGUCAUCGCCGACGUCAUCGAUCACUUCGGCUGGCAGCAGAUGAGCAUCCUGACGUCAUCAGAUGACUACGGUACGCACGGGUUUAUAGAGUUUGAGAGGAUAGCGGGAGUGAAGGGGUGGCUCAUCCGGACCGUUCAGAGCUUCGACCCGACGGAAGACCCGCGCCGCAUCCGGGUCCGCAGGCAGCUGCAGGCCAUCAAAGCAGCAGGAGCUCGCAUUGUGCUGUUGAACUGCCUGGCGUCCUUCGGCCUGGAGGUGUUACGUCAGGCGGGAGACAUGGGUCUGACGGGGGUCGGCUGGGCCUGGAUCGUCACGGAUGGUGUCACGGGCAUGACGAGCUUCAGGAAGAACGAGACUGUUCCCCGCCACCUGCUGGGGUUACUGGGGGUCAAGCCGGUGGAGGAUAAAGGCGAACUGUUCGGAGACUUCAUGAAACUGUGGUCGGCAGCAGACGGCACCAGGUACCCGGGGGCAGGCGUCUGGGACAUAGAGGCGUAUCCAGCUAAGUUCGUGGACGCCGUGUUGCUGUUCGCCUUCGCGUACCGAGACCUUCUGCGGGACGGCCAGACCAUGACCGGGGCGGCGGUACAGUGUGAUCAGUUCCCCCCACAGACCUGGCCGCACGGAACCGCCAUGCUGCAGUACCUACGGAAGGUUUCUGAGGAGGGCAUCUCAAGCAAGAUUCUGUUCACCAAAGACGGAACGCCGAGUCAAGUCGAGUUUGAUAUCGUCAAUCUGCACAGAAAUGGAUGGCAACGGGUUGGGACGUGGAACGAUACGGACGGACUGACCAUAGACAACAGCGUGAUCAGCUUCAUGGGCGGCGGGCAGGUGGAGCUGAUGGACGACUUCGUGAGCGACCUGCGGAACAGAACCCUCCGUAUCGUUACACACAGAGACAUCCCGUUCGUCAUGAGGAACCUCAACGACUCGGAAGGGAACCCGCUAAACGGCAACGAUCAGUACUCAGGCCUGUGCAUAGACCUGCUGAAGUGGCUGUCUGAGCAGCUUGGGUUCCAGUACCGCCUGUACCACGUGGCUGACGACAAGUUCGGCAACAAGGACCGGACCACGGGUCGCUGGAACGGCGUCAUUGGGGACCUGGUGUACAAGAAAGCGGACAUGGCCGUGACCGACCUCACCAUCACUGCUGAGAGAGAGGAGGAUGUGGACUUCACCCUGCCGUACAUCGAGGCCGGCUCCACCUUCAUCAUGCGGAAGAAAGCCCGAGCGGAGUACAACAUCAUGAACUUCUCCCGGCCCUUCCAGCCGGAGCUGUGGGCGCUGGUGUUCAUCACUACCCUGGCUGUGGCCAUCAUCCAGUCUGUCAUCAACAAACUCAGUCCAUACAGUGGCAUCCCCAUGGACGAGGACAGCGUGGGGCCCGAGGAGUCAGAGGAGGAAUCCCCCUACACGUUUGCCGAGUCCCUGUGGCAUUCCUUCGCCGCGCUGAUCCAACAGGGACCAGAGUUCUUCCCACGGGCACCGUCAGGCCGGAUCACGUCCAUAUUCUGGGGGAUGGGGAUCCUGAUCGUAAUCGCGACUUACACCGCCAACCUGGCCGCCUUCCUCACCAUCAGCCGCCUGGAGACUACCAUCGAGUCUGUGGAGGACCUGGCCGCGCAGAACGAGAUCGUGUACGGCGUCCAGCGGGACUCGGCCACGCAGAGCUUUUUCGACGAGUCCAACAUCGAGCCGUUCAAGACCAUGGCGGGCGUCAUGCGCGCGCGCGACUCCUACGUGGACGGCAUGGACGAAGGCAUCAGGAAGGCGAGGACAGAGAACUAUGCGUACAUCAGCGAUAACGUUCUCCUGGACUAUCAGGCCAACCGAGACUGCACCUUACGAACCGUUGGCCGUCUGUUUAAGAAGAGCGGGUUUGGCAUCGCCUUGCCGAAGUAUUCGCCUUACACCGAAGUCUUCUCCAAGAAGAUUCUACAAGCCAGGGAGUCCGGCUUCCUCGACGUUCUCAUCAAAAAGUGGUAA